UCACGUCACAUCGCUUCCACCAUGUUGUAGGAAAUCCGCCGCUGGCUGCUCCUUCAGUCCUCACUCGCUGUCAGAUUAGAGUUUAAUCCGAGGAGGACGACAAAUUGUCAAGACGCUUCCUGCAUCUCGGAAGGACUUGCACCUUUUAUGUGCACGGAAGAAAGGCGAAUCUAGCAGCUGCGCUUACUUACAUUAUUUUUGAUUUUUUUUCCUUAAGAAAAAAACAUGUAUAUAUAAAUAGACAUAUAUAUUUUUUCUUUUUUGCCUGUGCAAUCAACGAGUGCUACAUUCAAGAUGAGCCUCCGGUCUGCUGUUUCUGUUUAUUCCUGCUCCUCGAAUUGCCAAUACGUGAAGAUGUUAGCUUGCUAAUUAGCUGAAAAAGAGUAACUAAAUCGGAUUAGCGGUGUAUGGCAGCCUACCUCCGGGUAAUAUCCAAGUAUUGUUUGCAAUACUUGAUUUAUUAUUUUUUUCACAGUAGCACUUUUUAGUGUUCGUUUUUAUUUAAUUUUCAAACAUUUUAAUAUUUCGUUUAAAUUGUAUUAUUUCUGUUUUAAUUUUUUAUUGUUAGCAUAACUGUUGGCAUAAGCUAGCUUGAUAAAUUUCAAGAACUGGAUCUGCUUUGCUAGCUUUUUUUUGCGUCUUAAUUAAAAAGCAAGAAAAGGGCAAACACAAAAGGAGUUCAUCUGACCUUAACCGAAAGACAAGACGGAGGUGUCCGCCAGACUUGUGAACGAACUGGACUGAAAACCAAACAAGAUCUGAGUUUGAAGCAACGAUGUCUGGGAAAGAUAAAGACAAAGACAAGGAGAAGCAGUCCACCACAGAACGACUGAUAAAAACCGUGCCAUACCCCCCACAACACAAGCUCACGAUAAAAGAACUAUUUGAAGAUGGCAAGCCCAACCCUGAGAUGCUCCGCAAUCAUCUGGUCAAAGAAGGGCGGGUGGACGAGGACGUAGCUCUGAAAAUCAUCAAUGACGGGGCCAACAUUCUGCGGCAGGAGAAGUGCAUGCUAGAAGUAGAAGCCCCUAUAACAGUAUGUGGUGAUGUCCAUGGACAAUUCUUUGACCUUAUGAAGCUGUUUGAAGUUGGGGGAUCACCCAGCAACACGCGGUAUCUUUUUCUCGGCGACUACGUAGAUCGAGGAUACUUCAGUAUUGAGUGUGUCCUCUACCUGUGGUCUCUCAAGAUUAACCACCCCACAACUCUGUUCCUUCUGCGUGGGAACCAUGAGUGCCGACAUCUCACAGAGUACUUCACCUUCAAGCAGGAAUGUAAAAUAAAAUACUCUGAGCGGGUGUAUGAUGCCUGUAUGGAAGCCUUUGACUGCCUGCCCCUUGCUGCCCUGCUUAACCAACAGUUCCUAUGUGUACACGGGGGACUCUCUCCUGAAAUCAACUGCUUAGAUGACAUAAGGAAAUUAGACAGGUUUAAGGAGCCGCCUGCAUUUGGGCCUAUGUGUGACCUCAUCUGGGCUGACCCCGGCGAGGACUACGGCAGUGAGAAGACUUCUGAACACUUCAACCAUAACUCCGUCAGAGGCUGCUCCUACUUUUUCAGUUAUGCUGCAGUCUGUGACUUUUUGGUAAAUAAUAACUUGCUAUCAGUAAUAAGAGCUCAUGAAGCUCAAGAUGCAGGGUAUCGGAUGUAUAGAAAGAGUCAGACCACCGGCUUUCCAUCACUUAUCACAAUCUUUUCAGCUCCAAAUUAUCUAGACGUCUACAACAACAAAGCUGCCGUAUUAAAAUAUGAAAACAACGUGAUGAACAUCCGGCAGUUCAACUGCUCCCCUCACCCGUACUGGUUACCCAACUUCAUGGAUGUGUUCACGUGGUCUUUGCCUUUCGUUGGAGAAAAAGUGACAGAAAUGCUGGUGAAUGUUCUGAACAUUUGUUCUGAUGACGAGCUCAUGUCAGAAGGAGACGACCUUUAUGAAGGAGGCACAUCAGCAAUGCGGAAGGAGGUCAUCCGCAACAAGAUCCGAGCUGUUGGGAAGAUGGCCCGGGUCUUCUCUGUCCUGAGGGAGGAAAGCGAAAGUGUGUUGACGCUGAAAGGCCUGACCCCAACGGGAACCCUUCCAGUGGGAGUGCUGUCAGGGGGGAAGCAGACUUUGCAGAGUGCCACAAUUGAGGCAGCUAAAGCAAAAGCUAUUCAAGGCUUUUCUCCCACGAGGAAAAUACGCAACUUCGAGGAGGCGCGGGGUCUGGACAGGAUAAACGAGAGGAUGCCGCCGCGCAAAGAUGGCCAGCAGCCCGACGGCACAACAAUCAACACAAACGCCCCCAGCAAGAACGGCACUGACGGAUAAACAAAAGGCCGCACCUCCCUCACAUCCUGACUCAUCCCCUCGCCACGCCCGUCCUGAACCCCCCAAGCCCAUCCGUUUCCUCCGCUGAAACUGUCCGUCCAUCUUCUGUCAGCUCACAAUUGGGCGGAGCAGCGACUCCGGCGGAUAAAUGAAAUAGAAGGAGCCCCAGAGCGGGGAUGCUACGUCCAGCUGUGUGAAACUACGACUUACUGAAUGAUGAACCUGUCUGUGGAACAUCCAGUCUUAUUUAUUACCAUUAUGUACAAUAGAUAUCAUGUUUAAUAGCUAUAAAUCAAUGAUUGAAAAUAUGUCAAAGCAUAAAAAUGUAUACUGAGGUUCUGUUUCGGAAAAGAUUUUAAAACUUGAUGCAGAAAGUGCAGUAGCUCUUGGUAUUAAGGGGAUUUAGUCACUUUAAGUUUAUUUCUAAAUUUUCCUUAAAGUGAUUUAAAGGAAAAGAUACUGAACAGUAUCAUUCUGAGGUUGUUUUUUUUUUUUGCUAAGGCCUUUGAGGAUCUAGGUGCAGUGCAGUGUUUCUAUAAUGUAUGUCAAAACAGGGAAAUUGAAGACCGUGAGGAACGUAAAGUUUAAUACAUUUCUGAUCAUUAUUACAAUGAACAUUUUAUAUCUAAAACUGCAAUUUAAAGAAAGGCUGAGGUCUUAUAUGUUUGUUAUCAAAAGUAUUGUGUUCUCUUCCAGUAGAACUGUAUUUUGUAUGUGUGGCUAACACAGUUUAAGUGAAGGGUUAAGACUUUGUGUGCAAUUCCAGUUUGUGUUGCUGGCUCUCCUCUGCAGAGGAUGACUUGUGCUCACCUGACGGCAGCUAGCAUGUUCUCCAAGCUCCAAACCAAAAGAAGAAAAGGAACCAACAAGGGAUUAGCGUACAAAUACAGUGUAUGAUAGUGUCACUUUUGGUGUCGUCCCAGCUGGAAGCGCUUCCUCUUCUGUUCCAGGACAGCCAAAUUAAGGGAUUUUAAGGCACAAAAAGUUAAAAAAAAGAAAAAGUCUCAAAGCAAGGAGCUGCUGGCCAGUCUGUCUGAUGCUCAUUCUCCUUCAGAAACCUUUCUGUAAUCACCCAAACAGGAUAUUUUUUCAAACACUACAAAUACGGUGUGCGCUUUCAGGGCCUUCUCCGAUGAUCUGUAUCACAUUCAGAACUUUGGACUGAGGAGUGUACGUGGAACAAGCGAGACGUUUGACUGAAGAGCUGUCGCUUUGCUGAUGCUGAACCCGGACACAAUGGACUGAGUCACGCCGCUCAGCAGGGACGAUGCUAUUAAAGGUACCCGCUUCCACACUCGCAGCUGUCUGCUCAGGCCUUCCUGUGCCGCUCUCUUCACGCUUUUCUGACUCAUCAACUCCGGAUCACAGAAGGAUGCUGGACUUGAAAUGCGGAGACCACUGAUGAGAGCAUGUCGCUUGGUCUUCUCCAAACACAUUUAUUCUUUUUUCACUUCCAACCCUUUAAGGCUUCAUUUAAGUCAGACAAAACUAACUUGGCUGGUGCUCUGACACACCGACUCAGAUUUUCUUUUUUUUUUGUCAUCAAAGGAGGAGGAUAUAAGCUUUAGGAUGUGGUACUUUCUUGUAAAGUUUUUUUUUUUUUGAGAACAUGAUGGUGAACAAAGUGACACCCGGAGACUUUUGGUCAGCUCCAGUAAUCUUAAAGUUCCUCAAUUCCCGGUUUUCGUUGUUUUGUUGGAUAGAUUUCUGGUUGAGCUCUCUAAAUAUUGAAUGUUUGGGUUUACAUUCAUAACUGUGAUGUUGGAAUUGUUUUAAACCGUAAGGCUUUAUUGGAUGAACCGUACAGUAUGCUGACUUCCUGUCAGUUCUUUACACAUAUCUUGCAGAAUGUAAAAAAAAAGGAAAAAAAUACAGAAAAUUGUUCUUUUAAAAUCUUACAAUAGCUGUAAUAAAGGAUAAAAAGCUGUUCUGUAUUUGUCAUGCGAGGCCAUAUGAUCUUUAACGUAGAUGUAUCACUUGAAAUAGAAUAAAACCUAAAUGCAG